GUGGAGUCCUGCGCGCCUCCGGGAGGGGACCCUCCCGGGGCUUCCGCUCCGCCUCCCUCGGGACUGUCCAGCCCCUGGACCCUUGUGUUCUGAAUCCUGGGUCAAUUUCUCCUUCUGGAGGCCUCUCUGAGGCUCUCCUGCUCCUGACUUCAUCUCUCCCUGUCCCAGCCCUUGUCUGUGGAUCACACCCGAAGCUGUGUCCAGCUGCCUGGCACAGGCUUUGUUUCCUCUGGUCCGACAUUCUUUUCUAUCUCCUGCUGUUUCUACUUGAGAUUUCCAAUCCCUUUGCCCCUGUGCCUCACCCCCCACCCCACCCACCCCCGACUUCGGAUCCUGGGUCUGCAUCCCAUGAGACCCUUUCCCCCUGGAGGACACCUGGAGGACACUCAGGGCAGAGAUGGUGGCCGUGCCUGCUCUGUGGCCCUGGGGAGUACACUUGCUUAUGAGCCUGCUGUCCUUGGGAUCUGGCCUGGACACACUAGAGGUGUGCCCUAGCCUGGAUAUCCGCUCUGAGGUGACCGAGCUUCGUCGGCUGGAGAACUGCAGCGUGGUGGAGGGCCACCUGCAGAUCCUCCUCAUGUUUGCUGCCACUGGAGAGGACUUCAGAGGCCUCAGCUUCCCACGCCUUACGCAGGUCACGGACUACCUGCUGUUGUUCCGCGUCUACGGCCUGGAGAGCCUCCGAGACCUCUUCCCCAACCUUGCUGUGAUCCGAGGGGCACGCCUCUUCCUGGGCUAUGCCCUCAUCAUCUUUGAGAUGCCCCACCUACGGGACGUCGGGCUGCCGUCGCUCGGGGCCGUGCUGCGUGGGGCUGUGCGCGUGGAGAAGAACCAGGAACUCUGCCACCUCUCCACCAUCGACUGGGGCCUGCUGCAGCCUGCGCCUGGCGCCAACCACAUUGUGGGUAACAAGCUGGGCGACGAGUGUGCUGACGUGUGUCCUGGUGUGCUGGGAGCUGCUGGUGAACCCUGUGCAAGAACCACCUUCAGUGGGCACACUGACUACAGGUGCUGGACUUCCAGCCACUGCCAGAGAGUGUGCCCCUGCCCCGGUGGGCUGGCCUGCACAGCAGACGGUGAGUGCUGCCACAGUGAAUGUCUGGGGGGCUGCAGCCAGCCUGAAGACUCGCGUGCCUGUGUGGCUUGCCGCCACCUCUACUUCCAAGGAGCCUGCCUCCGGGCCUGCCCUCUGGGCACCUACCAGUAUGAGUCCUGGCGCUGCGUCACCGCUGAGGUCUGUGCUCAUCUGCGGGAGGUGCCGGGCCGCACCGCCACCUUCGGCAUCUACCAGGGCAGCUGCCUGGCUCAGUGCCCUCCAGGCUUCACCCGUAAUGGCAGCAGCAUUUUCUGCCGCAAAUGUGAGGGACUGUGUCCCAAAGAGUGCAAGGUUGGCACCAAGACCAUUGACUCUGUCCAAGCCACACAGGACCUGGUGGGCUGCACCCACGUGGAGGGGAGCCUCAUCCUCAACCUUCGCCAAGGCUACAACCUGGAGCCAGAGCUUCAACGCAACCUGGGGCUGGUGGAGACCAUCACCGGCUUCCUCAAAAUCAAGCACUCGUUUGCACUCGUGUCCCUGGGCUUUUUCAAGAACCUCAAACUAAUCCGGGGAGAUUCCAUGGUGGAUGGGAACUACACUCUCUACGUGCUGGACAACCAGAACCUGCAACAGCUGGGGUCCUGGGUGGCCGUGGGGCUCACCAUUCCUGUGGGCAAAAUGUACUUCGCCUUCAAUCCACGCCUCUGCUUGGAGCACAUAUACCAACUGGAGGAGGUGACGGGGACCAGAGGACGACAGAGCAAAGCGGAGAUCAACCCCCGCACCAAUGGAGAUCGAGCUGCCUGCCAGACUCGCACUCUGCGCUUUGUGUUCAACCUGACUGAGGCCGACCGCAUCCUGCUGCGCUGGGAACGCUAUGAGCCGCUGGAGGCCCGGGACCUGCUCAGCUUCAUCGUCUAUUACAAGGAGUCUCCAUUCCAGAAUGCCACAGAACACGUGGGUCCAGAUGCAUGUGGAACCCAGAGCUGGAACCUGUUGGAUGUGGAACUACCCCUCAGCCGCACCCAGGAGCCAGGAGUGACCCUAGCCCCCCUCAAGCCCUGGACACAGUACGCCGUGUUUGUGCGGGCCAUCACCCUGACCACCGCCGAGGACAGCCCCCAUCAAGGAGCCCAGAGCCCCAUUGUCUACCUUCGAACAUUGCCUGCGGCACCCACCGUGCCCCAGGAUGUCAUCUCCACGUCCAACUCCUCUUCACACCUACUGGUGCGCUGGAAGCCGCCGGUCCAGCGCAACGGAAAUAUCACCUACUACCUGGUGCUGUGGCAGCGGCUCGCGGAGGACGGGGACCUCUACAUCAAUGACUACUGCCACCGCGGUCUGCGGCUGCCCACCAGCAGCCACGACGCACGCUUCGAUCGCGAAGACCCGGCGCUGGAGGCUGAGCCUGAGCAAGGCUGCUGUCCUUGCCAGCACUCACCCCCUGGGCAGGCCCUGCCCGCACUGGAGGCGCAAGAGGUCACGUUCCAGAAAAAGUUUGAAAACUUCCUACACCAUGCCAUCACCAUCCCGAAGUCCCCAUGGAAAGUAACAUCCAUUAACAAGAGCGCCCAAAGGGACCGCCGGGAAGCUGGGCCUCUCAGACUAGGGAACAACAGUUCGGAUUUUGAGAUCCAAGAGGACAAGGUUCCCCGGGAGCGAGCGGUGCUGAGCGGCUUGAGGCACUUCACAGAAUACAGGAUUGACAUCCACGCCUGCAACCACGCGGCGCACACGGUGGGCUGUAGUGCCGCCACCUUCGUCUUUGCCCGCACCAUGCCACAUAGAGAGGCCGAUGGCAUCCCAGGGAAGGUGGCCUGGAAGGCAGCUGGCAGGAGCAGCGUCAUCUUGCAUUGGCUUGAGCCACCCGACCCCAAUGGGCUCAUCCUCAAGUAUGAAAUCAAGUACCGCCGCCUGGGAGAGGAGGCCACAGUGCUUUGUGUGUCCCGGCUCCGAUAUGCCAAAGUUGGUGGGGUCCAGUUGGCUCUGCUGCCCCCGGGAAACUACUCUGCUAAAGUCCGGGCCACCUCACUGGCUGGCAAUGGCUCCUGGACAGACGGUGUUGCCUUCUAUAUCACUGGUCCGGAGGAAGAGGAUGCUGGGGGGCUGCGCAUCCUCCUCACCGCCACCCCUGUGGGGUUCAUGCUGCUCCUCAUGCUUGCUGCCCUGGGUUUCUUCUACAGCAAGAAGAGAAACCGCACACUGUACACGUCUGUGAACCCGGAGUAUUUCAGUGCUUCCCACAUGUAUGUCCCUGAUGAGUGGGAGGUGCCUCGGGAGCAAAUAUCCAUCAUCCGGGAGCUGGGCCAAGGCUCUUUCGGGAUGGUCUACGAGGGGCUGGCCCGAGGCCUUGAAGGUGGAAAGGAGUCUACACCUGUAGCCCUGAAGACAGUUAAUGAGCUGGCCAGCGCCCGGGAGCGAGUGGAAUUCCUGAAGGAAGCAUCUGUCAUGAAGGCGUUCAAGUGCCACCACGUGGUCCGUCUCCUGGGUGUGGUGUCUCAGGGCCAGCCAGCUUUGGUCAUCAUGGAGUUAAUGACCCGUGGGGACCUCAAGAGCCAUCUCCGAUCUCUGAGACCCGAGGCAGAGAACAACCCCGGCCUCCCGGAGCCAGCACUCAGUGACAUGAUACAGAUGGCCGGCGAGAUCGCAGACGGCAUGGCCUACCUUGCUGCCAACAAGUUUGUGCACCGGGACCUGGCAGCCCGCAACUGCAUGGUGUCCCAGGACUUCACCGUCAAAAUUGGUGACUUUGGGAUGACCCGGGAUGUGUAUGAGACAGACUAUUACCGCAAGGGUGGAAAGGGACUACUGCCCGUGCGCUGGAUGGCCCCCGAGUCCCUCAAAGAUGGAAUCUUCACCACUCACUCAGAUGUCUGGUCCUUCGGGGUGGUGCUCUGGGAGAUCGUGACCUUGGCUGAACAACCUUACCAGGGUCUGUCAAAUGAGCAGGUGCUCAAGUUUGUCAUGGACGGCGGCGUGCUAGAGGAACUGGAGGACUGUCCACCUCAGCUACAGGAGCUGAUGAGGCUUUGCUGGCAGCGCAGUCCACGCCUGCGUCCCACCUUCGUCCACAUCCUGGAUCGCAUACGGGAUGAGCUUCGGCCCUCCUUCCGACUCUGCUCCUUCUACUACAGCCCAGAGUGCCAGCGGGGCCAGGCCUCCUUGCUGCCUACUGAGAUGGAGCCUGACCCCCCACCAACCUCAAACGGAGCUCCAGACUGCAGGCCCCCAAAUGGGGACCCAGGACACUGAGCGUUACCCAUCCCCACCUGACUGGCCUCCCGUGGGCAGAGGAGACAGAACCCACCCCUCAUAGCCAUGUGUUCACCUCUCACCCUGAGUCCCCCUCAGGCAGGUCAAGAAUUCGCCCGGCCAGAGAGGGAGGCUCCUGAACGGACUCAUAGAGCGAGCCUGUGGGAAAACAUGAGGACCCACAGCAGGAGAGAUCUGCUCAGACCAGAGCAGGAGUCCUGCCCGCAGAGUGAGACACUGUCCAGACUGAGGAAGCUAGUCCACCGGAGGCAGAGACACACCCCCUCCAACUUUGGGGGUUUCACCUACAGUUUGAAAGCAAAUGAGUGGCCAGAGGCAGGCCUGGAGAUCGCUCUACUCACUUUGGGGCCUGGAGACAAGUAUCCAUAUCACUGCCUCCUCUUCCCUCUGUGUCCAUCACCCUCCUCUGCCGCACAGACCAGGACAAAGCUGGAACCCUAGGACCCUGAGCAAGUGGGUUCCCACUGGUCCUCACUUUUCCCCCAACACCCCCCCCCCUGCUCUGCCCAGGGACCCCAAGCUUGGUGCCCCUUGCUCUCUUGCCUCAAGGGCAUCCAUCCCUUGAUGCACAGUCUCCCCCCCCUUUCCAGUUGUCUCCUGGAUUGCUAGCCCAGGAUACUAAGGCCACGCAAGCCUCACCUUCCUCUCUCCCGUCUCCCACCCCAGCCCUCCAGGAAAGACCGGGAGACACAAUAAAUACUGAGGUCUGUUUGUAC